AAAGUGGUAUCUGACAAGUUGUAUUGGAAUAUCAGAUUACUGAUGGUGUAGAAACUUGUGUUCUUUACAAAUGUCAUCUUUAAUGAAUUCUCACUGCCAAAUCCAAUUACAAGAACUUGCGAGGUUUCUUUCCCUUUGCCACAGGUACUAUAUUCUGGCAGCACUUUAGCAUCAGAAGGAAGUGUAAAGGUGCUGUUCUAAUAGAUAUGAAACAGUAAUACUAUUAUGGCUAAACAUGCUGCUCUUUCAACCACUGCUCAUAGAACUUUGUUUCCAGACCUCUCUGCAUCCUGGUCACUCUCCUCUGGACACACUCCUGUUUUUCAGUGUCCUCUUUAAAACGUGAUGUCCAGAACUGAACCCAGUACCCCAGAUGUAGCCUGACCAAUGCGGAAGAGAGGAGAACUAUUACUUCUCAUGAUCUUAUUCGGGACACUAUGCUUUUAUUAAUUCAGUCCAAGAUCGCAUUGGCUUUAGUAGCUACAUUGCUAGCUCAUAUUCCAUUUGUGACCAACAAAACUUUAGUCACUAAAGACACCUAGAUAAUUUUCACAUUCAAUUCAAAGCAGAUCUCCCCCAUUCCUACACUUGUGCCUUUUACUUUGUACAUAAAGAACUUCAUAAUUAUAUUUAUUCAAUUUCAUCUUGCUGGUUUUGGCUCAGUGUUCUUAAGCUGUAAAAAUCAUUUUGAAUUUCAAUUCUGUCUUCUACAGUGUUAGUUAUUCCUCCCAGCUUCCUGACAUCUACGGUAAUAUCUCAGUUAAGAAUCCACCAAGAGGGAAGCUCCUUUUAAGGAAGGCUUUUUAAAACGCGAAACUGACCGGUUUUGCUUUGUUAUGGAUAGACUUUCAAGUCUAUGCCUUUGCUUUAAGGUGAAACCACAAGCCUGUGCCUUUGCUUUGCUAGGGUGAAACUGACAAGCCUGGAUGUAUGCUUUCCAUUAAAGAGAUCUCUUGUUUUCUCCCAGGCUGGGGUGGAAAGGAUCCAAUAUGAUUUAGAAGAGAACGGGAGGGGGAAGGAGAGUAGAUGCUGGGUAGGCCCCUACUGAAGCUGCCCCCACCAUCUACAAGCAGUGUAGGAUCCUAUCCCUAUUCUUUCCAUAUUAUUCCUACCUCUGGUAGGAAAGUUAGUGUAAGUAGUAAUGUCCAAGAACACAUCUAUUUUGUUAACUGAGGUAUUACUGUACAAGUUUGACAAGGAUCUGCUCUACACCCUCAUCCAAGUCAUUUAUAAAAAUGUUGAAAGGCACAGGACCUAACACAGACCCUGUGUGGUACUUCACUCAAUACUCCCUCCAGGUUGAUGCAGAGACAUUAAUAAGCACAUGGUGGGUACAGUAGCAGCUAUAGAAGUGAAGUGGGCAUUGUGUGCCUUAUAAACAGGGCUGAAAUAUUUUAACUUCCUCGUUGCUUUCAGGCAUUAUUACUUAUCCCGAAGAUCUGGGCAUAGGUAGGACACAGUUUUAUGUAUAUGUACACUUAGGUCCAUGUCCUACCAGCUAAAUGAUAUUACAGACUUGUUUUCAGUCAGCCUCUACCUUCAGUUGAUCACACACACCAACCACCUCGCUAAUUCACUUCAGCAGACUACUUUGCCUCUCUGAGUGAAUUUUGAAUUACUCUUUACUUUUUUAGGUGUACAUUUAAAAUUCUUUUAAGAAAACAUCUAAGACCUAAUGUGUAGAGGAUGAAUACGUGUAUGCAUCAGAGAACUAGGUUUAGCUGCAGCUCCCUGUCCAAUAUACAAAUGGUAGAAACCAAUUUGCUGCCACAUAAUAUGCAAAAAGGCACUUCAAACAAAAACCUGAGUGCAAAUUAAAGAGCUUCGGCUCCAACUGCAGCAUGUUGCUGCUUUUAACCACACAAAACAGUGCCUUAAAAGUUACAAGACUCUCUAAGUAGCUUUUUCACCUAGAGCUUAAGCAGCCUCACCUGUUUUACACUCACUGUGUUGUAUUCCACGAUAAAUUGCACAGAAAAAUUGGCUAAUAUGCAAGCCACACUACUAUUUCUUACUUCAAAUGCUGAGGAUGGUUGUAAAAAUCCUGUGUAAAGAAAACAAAUAGUAAACAUAAACCAGUGCAGUGCUGAUAUGCAGCUUCAAAGAGUAUGUUCAAUGUUCAUGUGUAAUGAUGGAUUCACUAGGAUGGAUGACUUUUGUGGAAGCAGAAUAUAACUGCUUUUAAAAAGCUUGCAUUUACUCAGUAGCCACUCUUGUUUGAACUAUAUUUUAUUGUGAAGAUAUCUAAGCCCCAGUGAUAAAACAAACAGUACUUAGAAAGCUUUCAUGUAUGAGUUUAUUCCUACAUUCACACAAACAUGCCCCAAAGGGAUUAAACAUUCUAAGCAACCAUGAGAAUGAAGUCAGGAAGACCAGCCUUCAUAGAACAAAACUGUUUGUGUCAACCAGAAGUCCAACUUGUUUGCAAGAUAGUUCACUGUAUCUGCAGUGGCUUUAUUUGUUACUAGACCUCUUGAUAACAUAUUGAUAAGAGUCCUGCUGCAAACCUACCAAACAUUCUUGUGUGUCCCACAUGACACACACAAGCUAACAGGUUUUAUUCAUACACCAGUCUUUUAUUUAUUUACACACACACACACUUUUUGUUGGAAAAAAUACAAAAGCAGAGAAGUCAAGACAUCUCAGUUUUAAUAUUUUGUGAGUGAGCAGCAUACAAAUAUUUUGUGAGUGAGCAGCAUACAAAUAUUUUGUGAGUGAGCAGCAUACAAAUAUUUUGUGAGUGAGCAGCAUACAAAUAUUUUCAUAAAUAAAAAUAAAAUGCCAAUAGUUAAGAUUGCUUUUUAGUGACUUCCGGGAAGGGUGACUUCGCUUGUGCCUGCUUUUUGAGACGAGCUCUCGUCUCAGAAGAAGCUUUUUCAGUUUUAAAAUCAGUCAGAACGUUCUUUUUGACUGGUAAAGAUUUUCUCCCGGGCAGGGAGAAACGUAGAGAUUAACCACAAAAGCCUGUUUUUGUUUGGGAGGACUGGAUUUCAUUAAUUUAUGAGAGAAGGUUCAGCCAGCAAUGCCGGACGGACUUCCAACAAGCUCUAACUGAUUAAGCGACACGUUUAUCUUUUCUUCAAAGAAAAACGGACUUUAACAGGCAAGCAUCCUUCUUUCUAUUUUUUUUUCACUUGGUUUAAAUCGUUGCAGCAAAAAGAGAUUUGUCAAUGAAUCAGCUAUAAAGAAUUUCUGGGUGAGUUAUAACUCUUCUCUUUUAUUCACGAAAUUAGGGAGGAAAUAAAUUGAAAAAGCUUAUCUUUGUUUUUAUUGCAAAAAGCUGGCCUGGAAGUGCAUUCUAAAGAUACAAACGGAAGAGGGAUUUCUAUUUCGAGGAGGGGAAAAAAAUAAAUAAAUUUGAUUUAUGAACUUUGGAGUAUUAUAUGUCCGGAACUAUUUUCUUUUUGGUCUAUUUCAUUUUGACGAAUCUACUUGUUCAUGAUGCCACUAACUGUUUUGAAGCUGGGAACUAAAUUUGUUUUGUAUUCCUGAACAUAUAAGAGAUAAGGCAGGCUGUACUGUCUACACUGUGAUGUCAUCAAGCCUGGAAUAUUAACCCAAUUGUGGCUGAAAUAAUUUUUGUUUUCGUGGUUUUAAGAAUGGCAUUCAGGAAAGUGGCUGAGACCAUGGAAGAAAUUAUGUUUCAGAAAAUAAUGGAUGAGAUUGAGAUAACGAAACAAACCCUGAGACAGGGUAGACAGGAGAUGAAAAUUGAAUUUGGCAAAAUGACGCAGGAGCUUAAAGAAAUAGGGGAUCUUGUGAGAGAGGAGAUUGAUGAAAUUAGAGAUGAGAAAAGAAAAAUUAAAGGGAAGAUACAAGCCCUGGAGAUUGGAACAAAUGUGGAACUGGAAAAAGAUCUGGAGUUUAUGGAUAUUAGAAACAAAGUUUACUGUUUGGAAUUCAACGUUGUCUCUGAAGAAAUUAAUGAAGGUAUUAGAGAUAAAGUUAUCAAUGUCUUGGAUAACUUUCUGGACUGGAAUGAUGUGAUGGAGCUUGACAUAGAAAAAAUCUAUGGAAUUAACUACAGAUAUGUGACAAUGGAAAAAUUCUCAAGAGAUGAGCCAGUGCAUUUUGUAAAAAAGAAGGACAGAGAUAUGACUUUACAACAAUAUUUCAGCAACAUAUUCAGAAUUGAUGGCAAGGAAAUAUUUGUGAUAAAGGAAAUUCCCAUCAGACUCUUAUUAUAUGACUAUGGCUAUGACAGCAAGAUUACUAUGGGAUACUGAUAAUGGAAGAAUGGAUACUGAAAUUAUUGGACUGAACAGGACUAUUGAAGAUGGAAGAUGGAAUUAAUAUUGAUAAUGGAAGAAUGGCUAUUGAAAUUAUUGGACCUAACAGAUUUGAACGAGAUGGAUUAAUCGACAUGUUUAUUUGGAGAAAAAUUGAAAGAUAUAUCUCUUUUUGUGGAAAAAUUGAAAGAUAUCUCUCUUUUUGUGGAAAGAAUAAAGUAAUGUUUAUGAGAUUUGAUGAUUAAUUAAGAUAACUACUGGAGGAAAGUGAUUUUAUAAUAUAAUUUAAGAGACAGGAUUGUUAUAUA